AUGAACGAAAAUAUAGAAUCUAAAGAUGGCUGUGGCCAAACUGUUCGCUCCUUUGCUGCAGCUGGAGGAAAUUUAGCAAUUCUACGCAAAUUUACAAAUUUUCAAGAAGAAUUCACGCCAUAUAGUUUAGCCCGCAGAAUCAGUUCACUAGAUCCCAUGUUAUACGCUAUUAUCUUUGGAAAUUUUGAUGCCGUAAAAUAUAUGUGGUCAAAGGGCUUUGAUUUCUCAAAAGACGAAGAUUUUUACAAACUGCGUCCAUAUUUCCAUGCGGCCUGCGCAUCAGGAUGUGUUGAAAUUGUAAAAUUUAUUUAUAAACAAUAUCCAAAGUACAAAGAGUUCCUAAACACUAUAGUAUUUAAUAAAUCAUGUUUAAUGCAUGCGGCUUCCAUCGGAUCCGUUGAUGUUGUCAACUUUCUUAUUAAAAUAAAUGCAAAAAUAGAUGAAAUUGCUCCAGAUGGCUACACAGCGAUUGUUCAUGCAGCAAGAGCUGGUUCUUUAUCAUGUGUUAAAGCAUUAGUUGAUGCAGGAGCUACUUACAAUCGCUCCAAAAGGAAAUACAACUGUUUUAUUGAAGCAGCAACACAAGGACAUUUAGAUAUCGUUAAAUAUCUCAUUGACAAAGGAAUAAACAUAAAUAUAAUGACAAGUGAUGGAUAUACAGCUGUUCAAUGUGCAGCAGAAGCUGAAAGAUAUAAUGUAAUGAAGUACUUGAUUAUGAAAGGAGCAAAAUUUGAUCCGUCAGCAAAAUUAAUUUCAUUGUUUCCUUUUGAUUUAUAUGAAUUCGUAAUGAAAGAAGCACAUCCAAAUGCUACACAUUAUGAAGUAUUACAUCAGGCUAUCAAGUGUCUAAAUAUAGAUUUGUGUCGUCUUAUUCUUGAAAAGUUUGUUGAGUUCAAGGAAAUUUCUGAAAAAGACAUUAAUUGGAUUUUUUAUGAUUUUAGAUUGCUUGAAAUGGUUUAUGAUACAAAAGGCUUUUUAGCACAAAAGGAUGAGUUAAAUCCAUUAAGGUAUGCUAAUAGUUUGAAAUCCAUUCAGUUGCUUGAAAGUGCUGGCUGCCAAUUGACAAAAGAAAUCAUUUUAGAAAGAAAAUUUUUAGAAACAAUUGCGAUAAAUACAAAAGACAAAUCAUUGCUAGUAAAUUUACUUGAAAAGCUUGAUAAUAUAGAAGAAAUAGAUAAGAACAUGUUAUUUACUAAUCUAAUCAAUAACUACAAUGGUGGUUCUGUAUCUGAUGAAAUUGUUGAUAUAUUAAUAAGAAGAUUUGAAAACCAUCUCAAUAAUUUUAUCCCUGGAAGUUGCAAUAUUUUUAGAUUCAAAUAUUUCGAAAUUCUUUUUGAUUCAAUGGAAGAUGAUGUAAAGAGAAACAUCUUCUUUUAUUCGAAGCCGUUCAUGAGAAUUACUGAAUACUCGAAGUACGAAUAUAUUCUUGAAAAUGGCUAUGAUGCAACACAAGUAGAUAAUGAUGGAAAUUGUGCUUUACAUUAUUUGAAAUCUUCUAAAUUUGAAACUGUUGAUGAUUGUAAGAAAGUAAUUCAUUUGUUUACUAGUCAUGGGUGCGAUAUAAAUAAAACUAAUAAUCAAGGAAUGAAACUACUCCAAGUGGUUAACCAGAUAAAUGUAUUUCAAGCACUUUUGGAAUGUGGAGCAGAUCCAAAUGCAACUUAUUGGGAUGGAAUAACAAUUCUGCAUUUUAAAUGCGGUUGUCCUAGAGAAAUAUCAAUGAAUCCAAGAAUAGAAGAUGAAUGCAGAACAGAUUCGAAUCUAUAUGCUGUUAAACUUCUUCUUGAUCAUGGUGCGGAUCCAAAUCGAUUAACAAUUACAAAGAAACCUCCUUUGCAUUUUGCUGUAGUUUUCCAACCUGAUAUCGCAAUUUACUUAAUACAACACGGAGCAAUGAUAGACCGUUUCCUUGGUGGAAAACGUGGAUGCCUUGGAUAUAUUAGUGAAGUAUCCCUAGGAAACAAACACACUUUGAAGGAAUUAAAAGAUAUAGUUUCAUUAAGGCAAUACAAAUAA